GCGGCGGCGGCGGUGGCGGCGGGGACGGCGCUGGUGCUGUCAGUUAGGCCGUCGGAGCAAUGGGAGACCCGGGGCCGGAGAUAAUAGAAUCUGUCCCUCCAGCUGGGCCUGAGGCAUCUGAAUCAACAACGGAUGAAAACGAAGAUGACAUUCAGUUUGUUAGUGAAGGACCAUUAAGACCUGUUCUUGAAUACAUUGAUCUGGUCAGCAGUGAUGAUGAUGAGCCUAGCACCUCUCAUAGUGAUGAAACUCUGACCUCUUCUGAGGUCAAGGAGGAUUUACCUGUAGAAUCUUCUUCAGCUACACAGAAUGGACAAGAUGCCAUCCUCUAUCUCCAGACACAGGUAGCUGAGAUGUCUCGAGUGAUUGAUCUGCAGUCCAGGAGCUGUUUUAGAUUUCAUCAUUCUAGGCCAAGUGAGAACUCCUCCGUUCCUUGGGACAUCUCCACCUCUAAGGAAGAAAAUUUAUCCACAGUUGAAGAAGAAACAGAUUGCAAAUCUCCAUCAGCUGAUGACAAAGGGCAGCCAGCUGAUCCCAGCCAAUCUCGUUUCACAGGUCUUUUGAAGAGAAUGGAACAAAGAGGUGUCAUAAAGAGAGUAACACUACAAUCUGAAACAGAAUCAUGUGAAGGGAAGCCUGAGUGUGUGACCUCUAAAAAACGAUUAGUUCCUCCACUGCAUCCUCUUCUGAGGAUUGCCACCACUGAGGUUUUUAAAGAUCCUGCUGAUUGCCAUCAUUCUUCCUUCAUGGGACACAGGGUAUAUCCUGUGGCCAAGGAUACAUCUCCUUUUCAACCAAAUCCACCAGCUGAGGGCCCCAUUGUAGAAGCGUUAGAGCACAGCAAAAGAGGAAAUACAACAUCACCUCUGGAUGCUACCUCAAAAGAAAUGGAAGUCAUGGGUUGUAGGUUUUACCAUGCUGCCUCCAUUGCAGCUCGGGCUGCUAGCUACAUGGCCUAUAUGACUCAAUAUCAGCGUAAACUCUGGGAAGACAUGGAAGAUCUGGUCCAUGAUCCAGAGUUUGAUCGUGGAAAAGCAAGAUGUAUAACAUCUGAUGGUAUGGAUGCAGGCCUUUGGCAGCUUUGUACUACUAGGGACAUAAUGGACUCUGUAGUUAGAGUUAUGGCCAUGGCAGUAGACUACAGAAGGCAAGCCUGGCUCCGACUUACAUCUCUCACUAAGAAACCCCAGGAGAAGAUCUCUCAUUUGCCCUUUGAUGGUUCUUCCCUUUUUGGACAAGAUGUAAAAGCUGUUAUUGCAGAAGAAAACAGUAUAAAAGAAAAUGACUAUAAAGAUCACAAUAAAUAUUAUAACCAGCAUCGUUAUUUUUAUAGUCAUGACCAGAAAGCACAUUAUCAUAAUAGAGGAUACUCCAGAGGGGAUUGGUACAAACCUCGAAACCACCCUUAUAGAUACAGAAAGAAGGGAGAGUCUCCAGAACGCCAUGGGUACAAGAAUUGAUAACCUGUUCAAGUUCAGCAGACUAGUCAUCCAAGAUCCUAACUAUUUACUUGUUCAUUCACAAACAGGAUCUACAGGUAGGAAGUUACCUCAAAAACUAAAUGCAUGUCUGGAGUGACCACAGCUGACAUUUGAAUUCUAGACUUCUGGAAUGAAGUAUAUGAAUAAUAGAGUUAUUCUUUAUUGGCCAAGUGGGCGGUGGAGACUUUCUUGUAAGGAAAGUUGGACAAAGGUUUGUUCAUUAUUUCU